AUGAAUCAGAAAUACUCUGCUAUUUUAUUUACUUUACUUGUAUUUUUCCUUAUACAUGUUGAAAAAGCUCACGGAUGUAAUCCUGCUGGAACUAAAUCUUGCAGUCCUCUUACUUAUAUUACAAAUGUACAAUGGUUAACAACUUCGAAAUUCAAUAUGACGCUUACGGCCCCUUCGAAACAUUUUCCAGAAGCACUCAGCAAUAUGACCAUUCAAUGGUAUGAUGGAAAACUACAUAAUGAAACAGUUUUCGACGAACCUGUAUUUAUUAAUGGCCAUCAUUGCGAUAGUAAAGGUAGUAAUGAAGUCAAUCCAAUAACAACAACCUGGAAUUCGCCAAUCCAAUUUCCAAAGGGGUCCGUAGUUACGACUUUUGUUACAAUAUAUUGGGAUUGUGAUCAAAAAAAAGGAAAAUUUGUGAAAUGUUGUCAUUCUGAUGUAUUAUACAUUUCAACCGUGUGA